CGCACGAGUUUGUUACUCGGUUAGGUCUGUUAGGGGGAGAAAGGGGGACCGCGAGAGGGUCCUGCGUAUCCUCGUGGCGGAGGACUUGCGCGCAGGUAGGAAUUACAGAUGAGAAAAUGCCACUUUUUGGGAAAAUUGUUGUUAUGAAAAAGAAUGGGACUGAUGGAACUCAUUUUCCGCUGACUAGGAAUUCUUGUUUGUUUGGAAGGAAAAGAGAGUGUGACAUCAGAAUUCAGCUCCCUCAGGUUUCCAAAGAACAUUGUAAAAUCGAAGUCAAUGAAAAUAAGGAGGCAACUUUGUUUAAUUUAAGUCCUGCAAACCCAACAGAACUCAAUGGAAAUAUUUUUCAGCAGCCUACAUACUUAAAGCAUGGAGAUGUAUUCACUAUUAUUGACCGUUCUUUCAGGUUUGAAUAUCCACCUUCAUUACUUCCACGGAAGAGGAGUUCCAGGUCUCAAGAGAAUGAAACAUUACAGGUUCUUCAUGUUCAGCAGGAAGAACAGGAGGAGUUGUUGCACCAUCGGAAUUCAGAAUCUAAAAGUCCUCAGAUUUCUGAAAAGAAACUUGACUGGGAAAAUCGGAAUACUAAUAAAAGUGAUGAGACAAAAACUCAAGAUUUUAUUACUGGACAGUAUGGCACACCCCAAUCUACAUAUAAAACCUUCAGUUCAGAAAGGAAAAACGAAAUGUCUCCUUUUAGCAAACUUUAUGAAUUAAUGAAGCACGAACAUGAUACAGAGAAAGAUGUUAGCAAUGAAACCUUUGUGCAGUCAAAAGAAGAACACUUAGCCAGAAAAUAUGGUAAUGAUACCUUGGAAGAAGCUGCAUCUCGGAUACCACACAGGAUAUCUGAAACUGGUCAGACUAAGAAGACUGAAGGUGUAAUUAGGAAUGAAGUUGAACAUUCUCGUUAUAUUAAAAGUCAAGAAAUAAACAGUAUGAUACCAAAUCUAAUAUCUGUUGAAAGGAACAGAUCCAGAAGAUCAUCUUCGGGUCUUCAAGGUUAUGCUGCAGAACAGAAGCAAGAAAGUGAAGGCACCAAUCAGUUAAAUUUCCAGAAUGCAGAAGAGAAUGAACUAGAUAGAACUGAAGUGACUAAAAAUGCAAGUAAUGAUACAGUUUUAACAGCAAGUAGACAAAGUGCAAAGUAUUUCCAUGAAUCAUGUUCCAUAGUAGCAUUGGAAUAUGCAGAUAGAGCAGGGCACCCUGAAAAGUCAGAAGAGCCAACAAAGACAGCUGGUGUGGAAAUCAAAGCUAACUUAACAGAUACUUGCAGAUCGGUUGAAAGCAUUUUGUCCAUACCAAAGUCUAAUAGACGUUCUUCAAAAUCCAGACGUUCUUCAAAAUCUAGAAUGCAGCAGGUAAAUUCAUUGAUUGAAUUGAAGAAUUCCACAGAAACCUCUUCUGAAAUUGAAGAGUGCUCAAUGAAUGUUAGUCCAGCGGAGCCCAAUUUUGUUGCCUUGACAGAAAAGUUUUUUAAAAUAAAAGGCAAGAAUGAAGUGCUGGCUAUAGAACCAAUGCAAACUCUGAAAGCAACAAAUGAGAUUUGUAUGAACAACACACCAAAAGAUAGAAACUCUGUAACCAUUGCCAAUUCAUUUCACUGUCGUAACAGUAAAAGCCCCCGAAGGAGCAUUAAGCAAAAUGAAGAAUUUUUAAAUGGACAUUUUUCUACAGAGCAGGUGCAUAUCAAUUCAGAGGAGUCAUUAGAAGUUCCUGUAGAUACUUCUGAAACUGGUUGCAUGUGCACACCUAACCAGUCACCUGAAAAAGAGGGAAACUGGCUCCAGGAGGAGGAGGAUAAAAUAAAAGAACCAACGAUGGAGGCCCACAAGCAGAAUUUUGAUAAUAAAAACUAUAUACCAGGUCAUGAAAGCAAUGUACCAGAGGGUGAGACUGCUUCAGAACUGAAUGUGACAAGCGCAUUUAGUGUGAAAAGAAAGUCAGAAGUUAAGAAAUCGCCUAAAAAGCAGAAUGACGAAGAUCCUGACAUAUUAAUUCAGCCUCUUGGAAAGAGAAGGAGGGUGUCCUUUGGUGGGCACUUGAGUCCUGAACUGUUUGAUAAACGCUUACCUCCAAACUCACCACUUAAAAGAGGUGCAACUCCAGCACGACUGAGCUUGCCAUUUGGAAACUCGCCUCGAGCGGUUUUGAAAAAGGCUUUGGAAUUUAGACAAUCUCGAAUCAAGAGUUUCCCUGAAAGGGUUCAGCAUGAGAAUAUUUCAUCUAAGAAUGCUGCCUCGCCCCCAGCACGCAGGUCUCCGGUUGCCUCGCCCCCAGCACGCAGGUCUCCGGUUGCCUCGCCCGCAGCACGCAAGUCUUCGGUUGCCUCGCCCGCAGCACGCAGGUCUCCGGUUGCCUCGCCCCCAGCACGCAGGUCUCCGGUUGCCUCGCCCCCAGCACGCAGGUCUCCGGUUGCCUCGCCCCCAGCCACUUUUUCUUUCGAUGCACCCCAAAGAAGAGGUCGCUUUUCAGUUUCUCAUGUUACCAGCCCACCUUCAGUAGAACAAGAUGCUCUUUCCAGUCAGAUGAACAGAGAUGAAGAGUUCACUGAAGUAAAGACAUCUGAACCUACUGUUCAAGAAUGCAAAGCUGCUCGUUCAACAAAGAGGAACAAAAAUGCUACUCCAAGGAGAAGUUCUUUGUGUAGGAGAAGUGGAGUAAUGGGUGUAAUUCACUCUAAAAGGCAAAGUGGUGCUUCCAAAGCCAACUUGAUAGUUGCAAAGUCUUGGGCAGAUAUAGUGAAACAGGGUGUUCCAAAAUCUCAAGUAAGCAGUGCUGCAAAAUGUGGUCUUAAAAGAUCUGUCAAGAAGAGGUCAGCCAAGAAGAGCUCAACAAAACCAUCAAAGAACAAUGUUUCCAUGCUCAAAACACCAAUAAGAAAAGUCAAGGGUCACUUUACUACCGGCCAUGCAAAUUCCCCUGCUCCAAUUGUGAUUGGAAAAGCUCAUACCAGUAUUGUGAAUGUCGGUGUACAAGUCCCUAAAGUGAUGAUCAACUAUCCUUUGAAGAAACAUGAUGACUUAAAUGAAAGUUUUACAGGGUUGGCUGAGAUAUUCAACACUCCACUGAAAGGCUUACCCUCUUCUGCUCAAAAGACUACUAUACCAACACCAGAAGUCGUCUCAGAAAUGCACACUCCAGAGGAGUUUGGAGAGAUGUCUGUAUCACCUUUCAGUGCAGCAAGCCAACAAAAACUUUACAACCAAGAUGUCAUAUCCCCCUUCUUGAAAGAAGUGUCACAGAUCUCUGCUCUUGAGCAAGAUGACAUAACUACAACUCCAAAAGGAAUGAAUUAUUCAUUAGAAAAAGAUGUAGAGAAAAAUAUGUCAUUGGUCACAGCUGCAAAUGAAGCUACUAUACAGGGAGUGAUAGAAGAUAAAAGAAAAGGUCCAGAACAAAAAUUAGAGCCUGUUGAAGCAUUUUCAGGGGUCAAGAGGCUCUUGAGGACACCGAAGCAAAAACCAGGGCCAGUUGAUGCUCUUUCAGGAGUGAAGAGGGUCUUGAGGACACCCAAACAAAAACCAGAGCCAGUUGAUGCGCUUUCAGGAGUGAAGAGGGUCUUGAGAACACCCAAACAAAAACCAGAGCCAGUUGAUGCGCUUUCAGGAGUCAAGAGGGUCUUGAGAACACCAAAACAGAAACCAGAGCCAGUUGAUGCACUUUCAGGAGUCAAGAGACUCUUGAGGACACCCAAAGAAAUCCUGGAGUCUGUUGCAGAUGACACUGUCUGCUCCAAAUUCAUUAUGUCUCCAGACGAAGCAAAGCAAUUGAUGGGAAGCAGCACUAGGAGAAAACAAAGAAUGCUACUCAUGGGCUAUAAUGCUAUAGAUACCACUAUUAAUCAUGCUAUCAAAGCACCUAAGGAAAAAGUGGAAGCAGUGGAAGAUAUGGGAGGAAUUCAGAGGCUAUUGAGAACACCUAAACAAAGAUUUGAACCCAUGGAUGAUAUGAUUGGCAUUAGUCGAUUACUGAAGACACCAAAGCAGAAGUUUAUGCCAGUUGAUGACUACUUGGGACUGCAGAGAUUCAUGACCGAACCUAAACAAAGCUUUCCGAGUCCCGAAAUUGAUUAUACAGGUGUUAAGGAAAUGUUGGAAGCUGCAGAUGGACAGAAGGCUGAAUUGCCAGAGUUUGUGAAUUUAAUGAAAGAAGAUAAUGGAUCAUGUAUGAGUUCCAGAGAGUCCAUGAGAAAUAACUAUGAAUAUAAAGAAGCAAAACUGGAAUCAUCACCUAAAAGAAUAUCUCCUUUCCCAAAACCAAAGGACAACAGUAAAAAUAUUUCAGAAUUAGAAGACAACUUGGGACAUGUUGCCUGUAACACAUUUAGUGAAUUAAAAUCAGAAGCAGUGAUAGAACCUGUUGAAAUAAUGUGUGUUUCAGAAAGCCAUCAGCCAAAGGGAAUGGACUCUGAAAACGGAGACAAAAUUGAUUUUGUGAAAGAACCAGCUGCAAAUUCUGGGACAGUAGAUAUAGAAAUUGUUGGAUCAUUGGCUUCAGCUAGAAGAACUAGAAGAGGGGAAGCUGAUGAAUCCAGAUCCAUAAAAGAACAUGAUGCAAAAAAUACACAGAGGCAUAAAAGCAUCACCCAGAGAGCAGAAUCAGUCAAUUGUGUGCAAGCUAACGAAAACUUUGACCAGAACAUCACUGAAAUAAAUCUAAAGCAAGAAUCUGAAAGCAACACACCUGCAGUUGAAAGUGAGGGGGAAAUGGCAGCUCGACAAACUGAAGCAAGUUUAGAUUUAGAAGAAAAUGCAGAAAUACAAGACAAAAUAAAAAACGAAGAUUUUGAAACUUCAGGAGUAGAAAGCGCUGGAAAUGUCACACUUAAAAGAAAUAGAAGAAGAAAGGCUGCUUCAAUACAAGCAGUAUUUACAACAAACACAGAUGUUAAUGAGGCUAAAAAGGAAAGUCUAAGACACACAACACCUAAAACACCCAUUUUGGAAAAGACUGCAACAGAAGUAAAAGAAAAUAAUGUUAGGAGAAGGAAAGGGAGGAAAGUUCAUUUUCUAUGUGAUAAUUCUGUACCACUUGAGGAAAAACUUAUGCUUGGAGGUAAGGAUGGUGCUUAUGAAGAACCAACAAGUGCUUCCAUUGCAUCACAGCUAGGCAUGCAGGAAAUUCAAAAUGAAGAGACUCCUAAUGAAGCGCAAAAGGUGCCAUUGGAAAGUGUGCAAACUCCUGAGAAGCACAGUCCACCAAGAAGGCAGACAGCACCCAGGAGAGGAAGAAGCAAGCGAGCUAUUUGUCAGGAAACAACUAUAGAAUGUGACAGUAAACAGGCAGCUGAUACAGAAGACCAAAAUAUGCUUGUCACUGUAAAAGAGAAUCAACCAAAAAGGGGCAGAAGAAGAAGAGCUGUUUCUGAAUGCCAGAUACCACCUCUUUUGGAAAAUGUUGCUCUUACAAAAGAGAGUCCAACAGUGGACAGCUUUAGUUCUACCCAAGGAAAGUGUUCUUUGCAAGAAACUCAGACUAAAGAGAAUCUUGAUGAAAUGCCUAAGAUGCCCUUGGAAAGUGAGCAACCUCUUUUAGAACACAGCCCACCAAAAAGACAAAAGAUAGAAAAAGGAAACCCACCCAGGAGAGGUAGAAGCAAACAAACAAUUUCUCCUAAAAUGCUCACUGAAUGUGACAGUAAACAGGCAGCUGAUACAGAAGAAUACAAUAUGGCUGUCACUGUAAAAGAGAAUCAGUCAAAAAGGGGCAGGGGAAGAAGAGCUGUUUCUGAAUGCCAGAUACCACCUCUUUUGGAAAAUGUUGCUCUUACAAAAGAGAGUCCAACAGUGGACAGCUUUAGUUCUACCCAAGGAAAGUGUUCUUUGCAAGAAACUCAGACUAAAGAGAAUCUUGAUGAAAUGCCUAAGAUGCCCUUGGAAAGUGAGCAACCUCUUUUAGAACACAGCCCACCAAAAAGACAGAAGAUAGAAAAAGGAAACCCACCCAGGAGAGGUAGAAGCAAACAAACAAUUUCUCCUAAAAUACUCACUGAAUGUGACAGUAAAGAGGCAGUUAAUACAGAAGACCACAAUAUGCCUGUCACUCUAAAAGAGAAUCAGCCAAAAAGGGGCAGGGGGAGAAGAGCUGUUCCUGUAUGUUCAGUGACAUUGCCUCUGGAAAACAUUGCUCUUACAUAUGAGGGCCCAACAGCGAACAGCAUUAGUUCAGCCCCAGGAAAGUGUUCUUUAGAUGAAAUUCAAAAUGAAGAGAAACCUAAUGAAACUGAGAAGGUGCUUUUGGAAGGUUUGCAAACUCGUGCAAAGUAUUGUCCAGCAAGGAGGCAAAAAGUAGCAAACAGGAUGCUGCCCAAGAGAGGGAAAAGCAAGCAAGCCAUUUCUCAGGAAACAUCCGUAGAAUGUGCAACUAAAAGUAAACAGACGGCUGACAGAAAAGACCAAGCCAUGGUUGUCACCAUAAAAGAUAAUCAGCCGAAAAGGGGCAGAAGAAGAGUUGUUCCUGUAUCUCAUAUGACAUUGCCUCUAGGAAACAUUACUCUUGCAUAUGAGGGUGCAACAGUGGACAGCUUUAGUUCUGCCCAAGAAAAAUGUUCUUUGCAAGAAAUUCAAACGGAACAGAAUCUUGAUGAAAUGCUUAAUAUGCCCUUGGAAAGUGUGCAACCUCUUUUAGAGCACACUCCACCAAAAAAACAGAAGGUAAAAGGAAACCCACCCAGGAGAGGUAGAAGCAAACAAACAAUUUCUCCUAAAAUACCCACUGAAUGUGACAGUAAACAGGCAGCUGAUACAGAAGACCAGAAUAUGCUUGUCACUGUAAAAGAGAAUCAGCCAAAAAGGGGCAGGGGGAGGAGAGCUGUUCCUGAAUGCCAAAUACCACCUCCUUUGGAAAAUGUUGCUCUUACAUAUGAUGGCCCUACAGUGGGCAGCUUUGGUUCUACCCAAGGAAAAUGUUCUUUGCAAGAUAUUCAAAGUGAAAAGAAUCCUAUUGAAACGCCUAAGAUGCCCUUGGAAAGUGUGCAACCUCUUUUAGAGCACAGUCCACAAAAAAGACAGAAGAUAGAAAAAGGAAACCCACUCAGGAGAGGUAGAAACAAACAAACCAUUUCUUCUGAAAUACUCACUGAAUGUGGCAGUAAGCAGGCAGAUGAUACAGAAGACCAAAAUAUGCUUGUCACUAUAAAAGAGAAUCGGCUAAAAAGGGGUAGAGGAAGAAAGAUUGCCCCUGUAACAGCUCUUUCUCCCCUCAAAAAUAACAUUUUACCAUUGCCAUCCUCAACCAAAAGCAAAGGUGCGAUGGAACAGCCAGGUGAUGUUUUGGAAAUUGCAACUGUUGCAAGUGAGAAUCUGCCACAUAGGGGCAGAAGAAGAAAAGUAGAUGAGGUAAUUGCAGCAAGCUCAGUUUCUGCAAGUAAAAAACCUAUAUUGCUUGAUACCGGGAAUCAAGAAGACAUGCCAGAAGUUUUAAAAAGUGUGACAAUAGAUAAUGUUUCCAAAAGAGGUAGAAGAAAGCAAUCAGUUCCUUCUGAAAUCUCAACAGAAAGUAAUGGCGAACCAGGAAGUGACAACAGAAAGGCCUCUUUUGUAAAAGAUAAGAUGCCUUUGGAAAGUAGUUCAGUUUUUCAAAACCAAUUAAAGGGGAAGAGAGUAAAAAGAACUACUCCAUCACGGGUACACCCAUCUCUCAAAGUAAGCAUCACUCUAACAUCACCUCCAGACAAAGGUGAAACUGUCAGUGAAAAUCAAAGCACCCUUCUUGAGAAUGAUGCAAUUGGAAAAGUGAAACUUGAAAAACGUGGCAGAAGAAACAAAAAUAAGAUAGUGACACCUUCCACAUCUGUCAGAAGGAAGCACAACCUUCCUAAAAAGGAAGAUUUUCAGGAAAAACAAAAUGUGGUUUUUGGAAAGCUACCUAUAGCCAAUGAGAAAAUAAGCAGAAGAGGUAGAAAAGUUGAUGCACUUGAAGCACCUAUUUCUGCUUCUCUCAGAAACAACCGUAGAUUGAAUGCAGGGGAUGAUAAUGCUCCUAAAGAUCGACAGAUAAUUCUGAAGAACAAAUCAAAAUCUAAAGCAGAAAGCAUUGAAAAGACACCAUUAAAAAAAGAAAAGAAGAAAACAGUGAAAGAAGAACAUUCCAAAUCUACAGUUGAGCCAUUUGGAGAAACUGAAGGCAAGACAAGAGGGAAGAAAACAAAAAAAAAAGUUUUGUAAUUUUUGGUACUGGGCUGUGUAAUUUUUUUUCUUCAGAAUAAAUAGACAUAUAUGGUUGUAAAGUAUGCUUUGCAUUUAGAACCUUACUUUGUUUCUGUAACUUCAGUUCAUCCUUCAACAUUGACACCUUCCCAUCUGUAUAUACAUUUUUCAUAUAUUUUACAGGGCUUUUUGUUUAACACUGUAUUGUGUUAAGAUAGUUUUAAUUCAGGUGUUAAUUGUUAUCUGUGAUUUUUUCAUUAAACCAUACCUUGGCUUAAAA